AUGAAUGCCAAAAACUUGAAAUAAAUACAAUAAACUGCAAGUUGUCUAAAAAAUAAUCCUGAAGAUUAAGCUUUCCAUUAAAAUAAUGAGCCACAAGUAACCGAAUAGAUUGGAGGAUUAAUUGAGAGCAUAGAUGGUGGUUCUUCGAAUUUCGAUUAUCUUGCGAGAAAUUAAUAGUAAGAGGAAAAGUAGUCUUCAUUAGAAAGCAUUUCAUCAUUUGAUAAUGAAACAGAACAAUUAAGACAGGAUAGUGAGGGAAAAGAAGUAUCUGAUGCACAAAUUAAGGUUCAAUUCUAUCAAAUCAAAAUAGAGGAAAACUUGUCCCCUCAAACCAAUGAAAGAUAAUCUGAACUUAGAGAAAAAAUUCUAAUAGAAGAAUAUGAUAUUGAAAAUGAAGAUUUACAAGAAAGGUAGGAGAAAGAUCAAUCGAUGGAGAUCUCUAAAUACGAUAUAAAAAUCCUUAACUAGACUAAUGUAGAUGAGGAUAAGAGGAAUCUCUAGAAUGAGUAGCUUAUGAGAAGUGGAGAGUUCAAAACAAAAGACUAGACCUUCAAUGAGUCCUAAGAUGAUAAAUAAUCAGGCCAUAUUGAUUUAAAAAAGCAACAUUAAUAAGAUAAAUCAAUAUCGGAUCUCAUACCAUCUUUAGAUAACACUCCUUGCAUGAAAUAACCUCUUCAGCAAAAUGGGGAAAAUGCUCUAUGA